UCGGUUACCUUCUCUUUCUCUCCAAACUCUCUGAUAAGACUCAUCUCUCUCUCCUUAUUUCUCUCUCUUUCUCCAUGAAAACAGCGCUUCUAUAUAUACCUUCCCCAUAACUUCUCUCGAAUCACAGAACCAAAAAGAAGCGAAGAGCAAAACCCUAACUUUUUUUAUUCACUUUCCGUCCCUCCUUAUCGGCUGUUUUGGCCGGAUUUCGCCUCUGUUUCAUUUUCCGGCGAUUUUUCAAACAAAAUCAGCCAUGGGAGCUGCCAUAUUAUCGGAAACGUUAGCUGAGAUUCUUAUUCCGGUGGCUGCAGUUAUCGGAAUAGUGUUCUCUUUGGUUCAGUGGCUUAUUGUUGCUCGCGUUAAGCUCUCCCCUCAGGCGCCUGCUCCUUCGAGUAAGAGCAAGAAUGGAUAUACUGAUUACUUGAUUGAAGAGGAAGAGGGCUUGAACGAUCACAAUGUAGUGGUGAAGUGUGCUGAAAUUCAAAGCGCCAUAUCUGAAGGAGCAACUUCAUUUCUUUUCACCGAAUAUCAGUAUGUGGGCGUCUUCAUGGUGGCCUUUGCAAUCCUGAUCUUCCUCUUUCUUGGCUCCGUUGAGGGCUUCAGCACCAAGAGCCAGGCUUGCACCUACAGCAAAGACAAGACCUGCAAGCCUGCUCUUGCAAAUGCCAUUUUUAGCACCCUCUCCUUCUUGCUUGGUGCGAUCACUUCGGUAGUUUCUGGUUAUCUUGGUAUGAAAAUUGCAACCUUUGCAAAUGCAAGAACAACACUUGAGGCUAGAAAGGGUGUUGGAAAGGCUUUCAUCACUGCUUUUAGGUCAGGAGCUGUGAUGGGUUUUCUUCUUGCCGCUAAUGGUCUCUUGGUAUUAUAUGUGGCCAUCAAUUUGUUCAAGCUCUACUAUGGUGAUGACUGGGAAGGCUUAUUUGAGGCCAUUACCGGUUAUGGUUUGGGUGGUUCUUCUAUGGCUCUCUUUGGAAGAGUUGGUGGUGGAAUUUACACCAAAGCUGCUGAUGUUGGUGCUGAUCUUGUUGGGAAGGUUGAAAGGAAUAUUCCAGAGGAUGACCCCAGAAAUCCAGCUGUUAUUGCUGAUAAUGUUGGCGACAAUGUCGGCGAUAUUGCUGGAAUGGGAUCUGAUCUUUUUGGUUCAUAUGCUGAGUCCUCAUGUGCUGCUCUCGUUGUGGCAUCUAUUUCUUCUUUUGGAAUCAACCAUGACUUGACUGGAAUGCUAUAUCCCUUGCUCAUUAGCUCUGUGGGUAUCGUUGUUUGCUUGAUAACCACUCUUUUUGCCACUGAUUUCUUUGAGAUCAAGGCUGUGAAUGAGAUUGAGCCUGCACUUAAGAAGCAACUUGUCAUUUCCACUGCACUCAUGACUGUUGGAAUUGCCGUUGUGAGCUGGAUUGCUCUUCCUCCUUCCUUCACAAUCUUCAAUUUUGGUGUUCAGAAGGCUGUGAAGAACUGGGAACUUUUUUUCUGUGUUGCUAUUGGCUUAUGGGCUGGACUUGUUAUUGGCUUUGUUACAGAAUAUUACACUAGCAAUGCUUACAGCCCUGUGCAAGAUGUUGCAGAUUCAUGCAGGACAGGAGCUGCCACUAACGUAAUUUUUGGGCUUGCUUUGGGUUACAAGUCGGUGAUCAUUCCAAUUUUUGCCAUAGCAGUCAGCAUUUAUGUGAGUUUCAGCCUUGCUGCCAUGUAUGGCAUUGCUGUGGCUGCCCUUGGUAUGCUUAGCACCAUUGCCACAGGGCUUGCCAUAGAUGCAUAUGGUCCUAUCAGUGACAAUGCUGGAGGGAUUGCUGAGAUGGCUGGAAUGAGCCACAGGAUUCGUGAGAGGACUGAUGCCCUAGAUGCAGCAGGAAACACCACUGCUGCCAUUGGCAAGGGUUUUGCUAUUGGAUCUGCUGCUCUGGUUUCAUUGGCUCUGUUCGGUGCCUUCGUAAGUCGAGCUGCGAUCUCAACCGUUAAUGUCCUGAGCCCCAAAGUUUUCAUUGGGUUGAUUGUUGGUGCCAUGCUGCCUUACUGGUUCUCCGCCAUGACAAUGAAGAGUGUAGGCAGUGCUGCCCUAAAAAUGGUGGAAGAGGUUCGAAGGCAAUUCAACACCAUCCCUGGCCUUAUGGAAGGGCUUGCCAAGCCUGACUAUGCGACAUGUGUCAAGAUCUCUACUGAUGCUUCAAUCAAGGAGAUGAUUCCUCCUGGUGCCCUUGUCAUGCUAACCCCUCUUAUUGUGGGUACUCUCUUUGGUGUGGAAACCCUUUCAGGUGUUCUUGCCGGCUCCCUUGUUUCUGGUGUACAGAUUGCUAUAUCGGCAUCUAACACUGGUGGUGCAUGGGACAAUGCAAAGAAAUACAUCGAGGCCGGCGUAUCUGAACAUGCUAGGAGCCUUGGGCCCAAGGGAUCAGACCCACACAAGGCUGCAGUCAUUGGAGACACCAUUGGUGACCCAUUGAAAGACACCUCUGGUCCUUCUCUCAACAUCCUCAUCAAGCUUAUGGCCGUUGAGUCCCUUGUCUUCGCCCCCUUCUUUGCCAAGCAUGGAGGAAUCAUCUUCAAGUUCAUCUAAAGCAUGGAGGAAUCAUCUUCAAGUUCAUCUAAAACGAAAAAGAAGAUGGAGAGAGUAAAAUUGUGGCCUUUCUUUACUUUGGCAUUUUCUUUUUCGAACCUGUGCUGUCUUUUUACAUUCCAAGUCUUUUCUUUUUUCUUUUUUCUCGAGCUUUAGUAUUUUAUGAUAUUUACAGUCCAUGAUGAAAUGGGCCCUCAAAAAUUUUCCCUCCCCUUUGGUAGGUUUUGGUAGAAAUGAGGUCUAGGUCUCCUUCAGAUUUUUCAUGUUGCCCCUUUUUUAUGGUUCUCUCUUGGCUAUUGUACAACAUUUUAAAAAUUUUGAUGAAAUGGAGGAAGGAGACUGUUGUUUGUUC